AUGAGGCGGAGGCUGCGCCUACGCCGAGAAGCGUUGCUCACGCUGCUCCUCGGCGCCACCCUCGGCCUCCUGCUCUACGCGCAGCACGAAAGCACGGCCCCGACGACGAGCUCGCCGCGAGCACAAGGGAGGGCGGCGCCGGGGCCCACUCCAGGGCUCCGUGUAUUUCAGGCCCCGGACACGGGUGCAGCCCCUCCGGCCUACGAAGGGGAUACGCCAGAGCCGCCCACGCCCACGGGACCCUUUGACUUCCGCCGCUAUCUGCGCGCCAAGGACCAGCGGCGCUUCCCUCUCCUCAUUAAUCAGCCGCACAAGUGCCAAGGAAAUGACGCGUUCCCCCGCGGACCCGACCUGCUCAUCGCCGUCAAGUCCGUGGCGGCGGACUUCGAGCGGCGCCAGGCCGUGCGCCAGACGUGGGGUGCUGAGGGGCGCGUGCAGGGGGCGCUAGUGCGCAGGGUAUUCUUGCUGGGCAUACCCAGGGGCACAGGCACAGUUGGGGGUGAGGCGGAGGCGGGCACUCAAACGCACUGGAGCGCCCUGCUGCGUGCCGAGAGCCGCGCGUACGCGGACAUCCUGCUCUGGGCCUUCGACGACACUUUCUUCAACCUAACGCUCAAGGAGAUCCACUUUCUGGCCUGGGCUUCCGCCUACUGCUCCGAUGUGCGCUUCGUUUUUAAAGGCGACGCCGACGUGUUCGUGCACGUGGGAAACCUGCUGGAGUUCCUGGCGCCAAGGGAUCCGGCGCAGGACCUGCUUGCAGGUGACGUGAUCGUGCAGGCGCGGCCAAUCCGCGUGCGGGCCAGCAAGUACUACAUCCCCGAGGCUGUGUACGGCCUGCCAGCCUACCCGGCCUACGCAGGCGGCGGCGGCUUCGUGCUCUCGGGGGCCACACUGCGCCGCCUGGCCGGUGCCUGCGCGCAGGUUGAGCUUUUCCCCAUCGACGACGUCUUUCUGGGCAUGUGUCUACAGCGCCUGCGCCUCACGCCUGAGCCUCAUCCUGCUUUCCGCACUUUUGGCAUCCCUCGACCUUCAGCCGCACCGCACCUCCACACCUUCGAUCCCUGUUUUUACCGUGAGCUGGUUGUAGUGCACGGGCUCUCGGCUGCUGACAUCUGGCUUAUGUGGCACCUGCUACACGGGCCGAACGGGCCAGCCUGUGCGCGUCCAUGGCCUGUUCCUGCUGGCCCUUUCCAGUGGGGCCCCUAGCCUCCUGUCACAGCUCUAAGCCCCCCUCAUUCAGACCCAGGAUAUAAGUGGGAAGUAGCUUGAAAGGUAGAUUUCCCAGGCGGGUUAAGUGCUGUGUAUGUGUUUCUUCCCCAGAAAGGGGUAUCCAGGUGUCUGCCUUCAGAAGGCCCAGGGAAUGAAGACUGAGCUUGGCUCCUGCUGACCCUCUCUACUGGGCGGUGAUCUGGAACCAAUCUAAUGGUGGCACAGAUAGCCAGGGCUGAGGUGGUGGAGAACCAGGCUCUUUGCCAAGCAGGUGAACAUGCUUGGUCCUCCUAGCAGGGAUGUGUGAGUGUAAGUAUGGGGGGAGGGGUGGCGGCAGAGACUCAUGCUGUCUGACCAUGCUCCUUAGUUUAGAACCCCUAGAGUCAUGCCAACAAAUGCAGGUCUUUCUCAAGUCUGGACCCCACAGGGAGGGGUAAGGGCCUGGCCUUAGUCCUCAUGGAACUGGCAGCCAUUCUGCCACAACUCAAUCUGAAAGUAGGUGUUUUGCAUCCUAUCUGCCCCUCCAGUUUGCAAAUUGGAGUCUUAGCUCUGCCUAGGUCUUUAGAUCUGCUUUCCUGGCCCAGCUCCCCCUGAGCCCUGGAGUAGGGGGAACACCUGGGAUGGAGGCACACAGGGACUCGGCACACCGUCCUACCUGAGGUCUCCCCCCACCUCCAGCUACCCCCGGGAGAGCCUGCACCCAUGCAGCUGUGCACCUGUGCAACCCACUGGAGUCUGUGCUGCCCCCUUCGGAGGAGCCAAGGAACCUCUUCUAAGAUGAUGCCAGCUCGAAAAUUCCCCAUCUUCUUCAACCACCCCCUUUCUCAAAAACAAACAAACAAAAAACACACCAAUGCCUCCAGGCUUAUUUUAGUACAAACA